AUGAUCCCCAAGACCCAACAAGCAGCCGUGGACCUUGGGCUCCCAGAGAAGAAGAAAAAAAAGAAGAAGAUCAUCAAAGAGCCAGAGAGUCAAUAUUUCACUGAGGUCUCUCCACGAAGAUCUGCGUCCCCCUCUAAGAAUGGGGUCCAGACACCCGGGAUGCCUGUAGUGAAGAAGAAGAAGAAAAAGAAAGUUGUCUGUGAAAAUCCCCUAGAACAUGAGACUGUGCUGCAAACCAAAUGGGCAGACAAGUCGUCCAGCUCCAGGAAGCAGGCCCUGGGUCUUGCUGAGUUCCAGAGCGGGGAGAAGAGAAAGAAAAGGGGGUCCUGGUCAGCGGUGACUCCACUCCAUGGCCAGGGGACUGAGACCCCCCUGAGCCCCAAAGAAGGUGAGGAAGGGAUCAGAGUGGCCAAGAAGCUCAAAAAGCACAGAAAGGAGAAAAAGGCCCAGCAUGCCAUGGCCUCAGCGCAGAGCCAAGGGCUCUGUGAGGGUGGGUAUGCUCACUGCAUUUAUGAGGUGGGGAAGACCUGGGAGGAGCUGGCAGCCUCGGGGCAGAAACAGAAACAGGGGAGCCAGAGGGAAGCCCGGGCCAAGAUGAAGAAGACAAAGAAAAUCUACCAGGAGGGAGACUUGUCCCUCAACCACCUCAAGAUCUCCAAGACCACAAGAAGCAGCUCUAGGAAAGGAAGUAAAAAGAAGGCAGCCAAAUCAGAGGUUCUAGACUACAUCCCAAUAGGAGAUAGCCUUAAGGCCCCAGUGAAGAAGAAAAUCAAGUGUAAGAAGCAGGAAGAGCAACCAGGUAUUGAGGAGUCGGCUCGGAAGAGGAAGAAAAAGAAGAAGAGGAAAGAGAGCCAGGCAGCAGAACAUUGUGAGGAGGAACCAGACUCAGACUUAGAAGUGGUCUUGGAAAAGAAGGGCAACAUGGAUGAGGUCCACAUAGACCAGGUGAGGCGAAAGGCCUUGCAGGAAGAGAUUGAUCGCGAGUCGGGCAAGACGGAAGCUUCUGAAACCACGAAGUGGACAGGAACCAAGUUUGGCCAGUGGGACACAGCUGAUUUUGAAAAUGAGGACCAGAAACUGAAAUUUCUCAAAUUGAUGGGUGGCUUUAAGAACCUCUCCCCUUCGUUCAGCCGCCCCCCUGGCAUGAUGGGAAGGUCCAACAUGGCACUCAACAAGAAGGCGGCCGACAGCCUGCAGCAGAACCUGCAACAGGACUAUGAGCGGGCCAUGAGCUGGAAGUACAGCCGGGGAGCCGGCCUGGGCUUCUCCAGAGCCCCAGACAAAGUCUUCUAUAUUGACAGGAACGCUUCCAAGUCCAUUAAGUUUGAAGAUUAA